CUCCCGUCCAAUCCCCCACCGCCGAGACCACGAAGCACCAGUACCAGAGAGAGGAGUUCGAGCUCGCCGGAGCUUUGGGAGGAGGCGGUCCAGCAAGUCCCCGAGAUCAACCAACCCCAUGGCGACCAGGCAUCACCAGCACGCGGCUGCCGCUCCGCAGCCGGCCAACCGAGGUGCCGCCGUCCUGACAGGGAAGCAGAAGGCCGCCGCCGCCGGCGGCCGGCCUGAGGAAAGGAACGCUCGGAGGCGAGCGCUUGGUGAUAUCGGCAACCUUGUCCACGCCCAGGUCCAGCUGCCCGAGGGCAUCAAUCGCCCAAUCACUAGGAGCUUCGGCGCCCAGCUCCUCAAGAAGGCCCAGGCCAACGGCGCUGGGGCGAGCAAGAAUGCCGAAGCUGCUCCUCCUGCACCAGCCCCGAAGCCGGUGGCGAGGAGGCCUGCCCUCAAGGCCGCCCCUCGCGCUGAGCAGGCCGCCAAGGCCGCCGAGAACAAGAAGCAGCCAGAGGCGGCUGCCCACAAGCUCCCCAGAAAGAAGGUGGUGAACACGCUCACCGCAGUCAUGUCCCACCGCUCCAAGGAAGCAUGCGGCCUCAAGAGCAAGCCAAAGUCGCCCGUGGAAGACAUCGACAAGCUCGACGGCGACAACGAGCUGGCCGUUGUCGACUACAUCGAAGACAUCUACUCUUACUACAAGAGUGCUCAGCACGAGUGCCGGCCGAUCGACUACAUUGGGAGACAGCCCGAGAUCGACACCAACAUGAGGGCCAUCCUCGUGGACUGGCUCGUGGAAGUGGCACACAAGUUCGAACUGAUGCCGGAGAGCUUCUACCUCGCCAUCUACAUCAUCGACAGGUUCCUCUCCAUGCAGGCGGUGCCUCGCCGGGAGCUGCAGCUCGUCGGGGUCGCUGCGAUGCUCAUCGCCUGCAAGUACGAGGAGAUCUGGGCGCCCGAGGUCAAUGACUUAAUCUCAAUCGCGGACAACGCCUACUCGCGGCAGCGGAUUCUCGGCAUGGAGAAGAGCAUCCUGAACAGGAUGUCCUGGAACCUCACCGUCCCCACGCCGUACGUCUUCCUGGUGCGGUUCGUCAAGGCUGCCGGGAGCGACAAGGAGCUGGAGCACAUGGUGUUCUUCUUCGCCGAGAUGGCGCUCAUGGAGUACGGGCUGGUCUCGCUGUGCCCGUCCCUGCUGGCGGCCUCCGCCGUGUACGCUGCUCGGUGCACGCUGAAGAAGACUCCCCUCUGGACUGAAACACUCAAGCACCACACCGGCUUCAGUGAGCUACAGCUGAUGGAGCCUACCAAGGUCCUCGUCGCCUCCCACGUCCGUGCUCCACAGAGCAAGCUGAGGGCCGUCUACAGGAAGUACGCCGGCGAGCAGUUUGCGCGUGUUUCCAUGCAGCCUCCUGCAGUUGCUGCUCAGGGCCUCGCCUAGUUGGUUUAGUCAUCUUAGGAUUUGCUUGGCUUUCCAAUCAAGAAGGCUUGGUUUACUUACACUUGCUGUGUUCACGUGAGUGGAUGCUGGUCUGCUAAUUGAUACACCAGGGUGUAACAACUACUAUUUAUGUACCAUUUCUUUUACAUAUGUUUGAAUCGAUUUCAAAGUGUGUUUGAUACACCAAGGUGUAACAGAUACUAAUACUAUACGUAUGAUUGAAUAAAGUUCAAAGUAUUCUUUUA